UCCUCGAUAUCCACCGCGAGUGUUGCAUCAGUGAAUAUUUACAGAUCCAAGGGUGUUACGUCAUAUACCACAACUAAUUCUGGUGGUGUUCCUACGGUCGUUGUUGCCCCAGCCGGAAACUCUGGAGGGGGUGGAACUAAUGUGGGUGCGAUCGCUGGUGGAGUUGCCGGCGGUCUGGUAGGCCUUGCAGCUCUCGGAUUCUUGAUGUACAAAUUCUUCCCUCGAGGACCUGACGUUCAUGACCCGAUUCCUGAGCCCGAAAUGAUUAGUUAUGGCAUCGGCGAAAGUACACCUCCCCCGCUAGGAUCGACGUCGCCUUCAUUUGGGGCUAGCCCAUCUUCUUUCGGUUCUCCCUACGCGUCUGGAGGGGAAGCAGGGUCUUCUGGCGCUGGUGGAGGCCCAGGGUACGCGCCGGAUGGUACCACCGCUACAGUGGGCUCUCAAGCACCUUUUGGCAAUUUUGGUGUACCAGCGCCUUUUGGUUCAGAUGGUGGUGCGGCAGGCUAUGCUUCUGGAGGAGGGAAUGCUGCGUAUGGAGCCGGGGCUGGGAGUUCUGGGUAUGGUGCUGGAGGUGUGAGUGCCGGGUAUGGAUCUGGAGUAGGGGGAUCCGCAGGAGCAAGCGCCGGGUAUGGACCUGGAGGGCUUGGCGGAUCCGCGGGAGCAAGUGCAGGAUAUGGAUCUGGUGCGAGCGCUGGAGUGGGGGGUGCACCGGCAGGCGUAGCGCCUCAAGGCUUCGGAGCUCCUUCAGCACCGUUUGCUGGUAAUGUGGGUGCCGCCACUGGUUCGGGAGCUGGGAUUCCUCAGUUGCCUUGGGGUGCUGUUGUUGGUGCCCCCUUAGGCGCUGGUGCCUCAGGAGUGGCAUAUGGCGCAGGUGGCCGGCGUCGAGGGCACAGGUACAAUGAGAGUCAAACAGGGUUUCUGCCAUCGCCCGAGCCACCAGAGUCCACAACCCAACCUCAGUCUGCGGAGUACUUUGGCAGCCAAACCCAUUAUUCUGGAUCUGCUGAUUACAAUCCUUUCGAAUAAAUUCCGUGGCCUGCUUGAGUGAUUUGAUUUUUCUUCCCAUUUCCGUCAGCUCGCCAGAUCGAUCUAUAAUAUUCUCUCCUUUAUCGUCUUGCUUUUAUCACAUAGCAAUGAUGGUUCCUACAUGAGCUAAAAAAUCGUUUGUCUUGCUUUUAGCUUUUUCAUGAUCUUCACGGUGCUCACGACUCAGGAUGCGUUGUCCUUUAGUCCAUCUAUAUCUAUGUGACUGGAUCUCUGCAAUUAGCAUGCGAACUGGCAGGGCAAAUCCGACUUCGUACAUAUUCACGAGGCGACUUGCUGCAAACAACGAUGAGGCCACCAAUCCAUCUAGGUUGUUCAAAGAGGUACUGCUGAUUCGUGGGGAGAAAGAAGCCGGAAUAUGAGGUUC